ACGGCUGCCGAGAGCGAAAUGAGGCUGCGGAGCGCGAUGCAGGCAGGGAGUCUGGGAUCGCGAGCACCUAGCCAAAGGUGGAAGGUGUUGGCGAUUGAGCCGGUGCAUUAUUUUUUUUUCGAAAGAGUAGGCAGAACGAAGGAAAAGGUAGAAGGGAGCGCUCUCACUCACAUCCUCGGCACCGAUCAACAGUCUCGUGCCAGCCGCUCUACCUUCUGCUGCUCCUCCAAAGGAUACCGGCGCUCCGAAGAGAAAGAAAGAACCUCUGGCAACAAGAAAAGAUUCUCCCAACGCAGAGUCGAAUAUACCCUGCAGUCCUCUUCAACCAGAGCUCUUCUUCUUUUCCAAGGAUACGUUCAGGCGAUGAAAAAGGCAUGAGGCGUCGCGGAUCUACCAUCGCCAUGCCAGCAGCAGCCUCCACCAUGUUCCUUGUCGCCGUCGCCGCCGCCUCUAUUUUCGGCGUCGGAGCUCAAGUUUACGUCAACCCUGACGCGCCCAGUUCCUCCUCGGCAGCGCCGUCGGGCGCCGACCUGGUGACGCAGACGGUGUACGGUUUCCUGGACUUCACGACCACCAUCGGCAACACGGUGAUGGUCUUCUCGCCGCAGAGCGCUCCCGCAGCCCCAGAGCCGCCAAAAAACACGCCGGCGCCCAAGCCGAUCGAGACGAAGCCGCCGCCGACGGCGUCGCCGACCGCCAUCACCCCUAGCAAGACCGUGACCGCCGAGAAGAAACCGGUGGAGAAGAAAAAGGUGUCCAGCGUGGUCGAAGUCCGAGUCUCGUCGGCCGUCGUCACCCCUCCUCCUCCACCCCCACCGCCGGUCGUCUCCAGCAAGGUCGAGGUCAAGGAAAGCGUGUCGAGCAAGGUCGAGGUCAGGGAGAGCACCCACGUGGUGGUCAACGCCGUCCCCGCCCAGCCGAUCGUCUCCAGUGUGGUCGAGGUGAGGUCGAGUGGCGGCGACAGUUCGGACAAUUUGCUGUCCCCGCCCGAAGUGUACGACUUCCAGCUGACCAACCCUCAAUUUGUCAACGAAGAGUCCUCACGGAUCUAUGACCUGAAAGGCCCAAGCAGCAAAAUUCUAAAGAAUCUGCCUAUCUCACACCGCCACGUCAAGCCUCAGCAAGUGGGCAUCAUCACCACCAAAGUGGACACCGUUGUUCGCGACGGUUUGACCACCGUGCACGAAACCACCGUCCUGGGCACCGUCACCAACGGCAAAUACAGCACCAUCGUCCAAAAGACGUCGACCAUCAAAGCCGAGCCCGAGCAGCACAUCAUCAGGCCCUCAAAUGUUCAAAGCAUUUUGAAAACCGCCGUCCCCGUGUUUGCUCACCACGAUCAGGCCCAUCUGGAGCCAACACCUGCCGGUGCCGCUUACGUAGAAGAGACGGCGUUUAGUCCCGACGGAGAACAAGAGUUGAGCACCAAACCCCUGCGUCGUUCGGCUGUCGUCGCUGGAAGGAGCGAUUUCUUGACCAGACUGCACCGUAGCCGCAGCGCCACCUUUGGAGACGAUGAAGAUGACUAUGAUGUCGACGCCAGCCCCAAGUUCGCAACAACAAAAAGACCAAGCAAGUCCAGGGUUUUGCAGCAAGUAAGACCUACCUCAAGCGCCCGUUUCGCCAACUCGCGAUUCGGCCGCACGUCGAGCACCUCCGAGCUGGCCACGGUGUCCGUCUUCUCCGGCGAGCCGCGCACCCACUCGACGGCCAGCGUCGGCGGCCCGCCGACCCGCUUCAAGUCGUACCGCAACCGCGUCGCCACCAGCGCGCGUCCUAACACGAUUACCGAAACCCCCAGUUACCAGCGCCGCGGCUACAAGUCCUCGAGGGCCAGCACCGGCGGCCAGGCCAGCCAGGAGGAGCGGCCCAGCGUCUUCCAGGCCCAGUCCAGCGCGCCCCUCAACAAGUUCAAGCUCAACCGACCCGCCGGCCGAUGGCAGUACAAAACCACUGUCAAACCCAGGGUCACCAUCCGCCAGCAGAACGGACCUGUCAAGACCAACGCAGUAGCCAACUCUGAACAGAGCCUCGAGGAGGACAAUGUGAACGGCCUGUCCGCCUCUCAUGCGGCGCUGACGUCGCCGACGCCUGGAAACGGCAUCGCCGAGCACCGUGCCGACGACAACGGCGCCACCGAGCCGUCGCCCGAACUUCAGGCCGAGGGCGCCGAGGAGCACCACGUGCACGAGCCGGCGCCGGCCCAGGAGACGAUCCGCGUGGAAAUCUCGACGCCGGCUGACUUCAGCGACGUCUACUUCGAAAUCGCCACCAUCAGGUCGCCGUACACCUUCCAGGUCGGCACCGUUAAGAACACCCGCUUCAUCACGGUGACGUCCACGAUCGAGAGAAGCCUCGUCACGCCGACCGAGAGUCCCGAAAUUCUGCCCACCGAGCCGCUCACCGAGAACAUCUUGGCCACGUCCACCCAGUCCUUCGAGGCUGCGAAUCAGUUGCCAGUGGACGCGAGCAUCGCCACCCUGCCGCCGAUCGUUCUGGCGACCAAUGUUGAAACGCCCCCGCUCGAGACUGUCACCGAGACCUUCAACACCACGCAACUGAUGCUCAAGACGCACGUCCUGCCUGUCAUCCAACAGGGUGGCGUUGAGACGAAAAUGUACACCCUCAUCCAAUCUUAUCACAUCACGCGUUUCGUGACCGCCGUGAAGACGCUGCCGCCGUCAGACGCCUUCCAGUUCCUUCCCAGUCGCGCCCUAAAUGAAUUCAACACUCGUCUGGAUGAGGCUGGAUCCGAGCUGCACGAACUCGAAGUCUCCGAGAAUGACCAAGACGGCGAAGAUGAGCAGCGCCGACUGAUCCUCCCCCCUGACCUUGACCUGGCCCAAAUUGGCGGUGACUUUGACCUCGACCGCCUGCCCCAGCGUGCUCUCACCCCUGCCCUCCCUUCAGCGUCCACCACCCCCGAGCCUCCAACCACCCCUGCCUCCCCUCAAUUGACCCCCGAACAACUGCAGCAAUACGCCCUGUUGCGCUACCUGAACCCCCUGGCGCCGGUGCCCGCAAUCACCACCUCCAAGCCCAUCGUCAAGAAGGAGACCAUCUACGAGAGCCACGUCAUCCCCCUCUUCAACGGCCUCAGCACCGUCUACACCACCAUCUCGCGGCCGGUCAGCACCGUGGCCAGAACUGAGUACGAGGUCACCACGAUCGCGCCCACCGGCCUCAUCCAACCCCAGUUCACCAUCAGCAGCCAACCGGUGGUGACCCAGACCAUGGUCACGCAGACCAACUCCAAGGUCAUCAAGCUGCAGUUCGGCGCCAAGACAGUCUUCACGACCCUGUACCAGUCGACCGUGGUGCCCACGGUGCUCACCACCUACAUCACAACGCAGGUGCCAGUCCAGCCCACGGCGGCGCCUUUCCCCGGCUUCUUCCCUGGAGGCUUCCCCGGAUUCCCCUUCGUCGGGUGAAUUUGAUUUUGAAAUAUAACACCCAUUAUUUAUGAAGAGCGUAUAUUGUUGUACUCCCGAGCGCCCCCACCUUCUUUGUAUAGCAGAGGAAGUAAAACAAUAGAAAGAUUGAUUACACACUGCAAAUUUUAGGUUUAAAAAGUUAUUCCCAAAUUUUCAUUCUAGAAACCUGUAAAUAAAACACAAACAACUAAAUUUAGUUGAAAUAUUGUGGGAGUAACGAAAACUUGAAUUGAAUUUCAGAAAAUUUUUAUGUUACUUUUUUUAGUUUUUAAACACUUGAUGUAUGAAAAAUUGAUUUAUUUUUGACCAUUAUUCUUACGAGGUAAACACAAAUUAUGUGGAUUUUGUGUCUUUAAAACAUAAAAUGUUGUAGCUAGAAUUAAUUUCCCUCUGCUCAAACUUUUUUAAAACUCGCAUAUUUUUCUCCCUGUGCAUUUCCUCAAACAGAAUUUUUAGGCCGGGUGUGGAAUUGUUAAAAUUUUCAAUUUCCUUUGCCUUUUUUCUCGUCUUUUGUGUUUUCUGCGAACAUUGUGUGCCUCUCGGAAGUGAGAAAAAAUUUAAUUCCGCUACGCAAACGAGAGAAGAGGAAAGUCGGCUGCGAAUUAUGCGAUGAUGAAGGCCGUAUCAAGAGAUUUGCGACAGAAAUUACGGCAGCUCUCUCUCUCGGCUGGCGAAAACACACAAAUGGAGCGGAAAGAAAAGUGACUCCCUAAGGAUCCGCGCCCUACUUCCCACUCUGCUGUCUGUCUGUUGUGAAAAGGUGCAUGCAUUUAUAACUAGGGUGAAAGGAAAAGAUGAUGAAAGAGAACGAAAGCUGAAGAAAAAACUGUACAAAUGAAGAAAGAAAAAAGAAAGAGAGAAUCUCUUGUCAGAAAAAAGACUCGCACGCGGAAAAUGGAAAAAGUGAUCGUUUAUUUUUUUAUGCUUGGCAUAUUCUUUGCGUUGGAAAAAAGGAUGUAUUUUUUUUUAAUAUAAGUUGUGUGAUAAGGAGCUGUUUCUUUUCUGUAAUAUUUUUUGUAUGAAAAACCGAGACGUGCGAAAUAAAACUGCGAUUAAUAAUCUUA